GUCGAUGGCCUAGUAGACUGUUAGUCUGUGUGCCGGAACACAAUGGGUACCCCGGUUCAAGAUGGCUGGAUGAAACCUCCAAAAACACAGCAGACGGCAAAAAGCAAACUGCAGAAUUUCCUCGACAGAUUAGCUCGACGUCAACCUGAUUCAAAAAGUGCAACUUUACACUCAUCCAGCCAACAGUUCACACCCCCACCUACAGGAGCAGGAUCACCCUUUACCCGCACAAUCUCACUCACAGGAUCUUACAGUCUUCCUCCGACACCUCAUCCAGAAAACUCUAAUGGCAGAUUUCCUGUUUCUGGGGAACUGGACAAUGUGGAGUAUUCUGUGGCUGUAGAUUUAUUGGGUCUGGGCAAGUUCCAUGUGGGCCUGGCACUCUGCUGUGGGGUAGUGUUCCUAGCUGCAGGCCUCGAGAAUAACCUCAACGCUUACAUUCUAUCCUCUGUCUACUGUGAUCUGAAACUGAGCUCGUCUCAACUGGGGCUCCUCAAUGCAGUCUUCUUAGCAGGGGGAAUAUCCAGCAACUUUCUAUGGGGAGUGGUUGCAGAUCUAUUUGGUCGCCAUAAGGUUGUUUUGUACGGAAUGCUGGUGGAUGGAAUCAUCACUGUAUUUGCCAGCCUAUCUCAGAGUUUUGACAUGCUCUUGGCUUUACGUUUUUUCAAUGGUUUUGUGGUUGGUGGUCCAGCAUCCCUGGUACUGGCAUAUAUGGGAGAAUUCUUCCCCAAUAAAGUGAGGGCAAAGGUUAUUUGUUAUGUGGGAAUCUUCUGGACCCUUUCCUGGGUCAUCAUGCCUGCUAUGGCAUGGAUGGUAAUACCCAUACAAUGGUCCUUCCACAAGCAGUCAUUUGAGUUUAACUCCUGGCGCCUACUAGUUGCACUCACAUCACUUCCCAGUUUGAUUAGUUUCGCCCUUUUUCUCUUAUUUCCGGAAAGUCCACGGUUUCUCCUUGUUCAAGGCAAGGGAACAUUAGCUACUAGAGUCCUCGCCAGAAUAUACUCAGUCAACAGUGGCAAGGAUGCCGCUUACUAUCCGGUGAAUUCACUACAAGAUCAGAGUGGGAGUGAAGCCAAUACUGGAACAAACCCCAAAUCAAUUUGGUAUCCUGUUUGUAUACUGAUCAAACAAACCCAGCUGUUGUUUGCCGCCCCUACUAUCAAAAUAACAUUUCUCACUUGCUUCCUAUUUUUCAGCAACAUGUUCGGGUACUAUGGAUUAGGGUUAUGGCUGCCAGAGAUGUUCAACCGCCUUACCAGCCACUUAGAGAUGGUCCCAGGCGCUCAAGUGUCCUUAUGCAGUGCAGGCGUACAUCAGAACUUACCUGUCAAUGAAACUCUGACAGAGUCCAUCUGUGAUCCAACAGAUAUAGAUACCAAAGUUUUCGUCAAUUCAUUUAUUAUGGGAAUCGUUGGCCUCUUUGGUAACGUCAUCUCUGGCGUACUUGCUGAUCAACUGCAGCGAAGGACUUUACCAGUUAUACUUAUGUGCCUAUCUGCAAUUUGCAUCAUCAUCAUUUACUUUACCACGAACAUGACCUUGAACUUGGUGGUAGCCUCCACUUUUCAACUGACUGUCGGCACAGCCAACCUUGUCUACAACUCUCUUAUUGUGGAUAUGUUUCCGCCCAAUAUCAGUGGAAUGGGUGUGUGUUUGGGCAUUCUCGCAGGCAGACUGGGAGGUCUGGUCAGUAACUUGAUGUUCGGGUAUCUGCUAGACAUAUCAUGCAGUGUUCCGGUUAUCCUUGUAGCUGCAGUCUUGUUCACUGGCAGUGUGAUGAGCUUCUUCAUACCUAAUGAGCCAUACACUGAAACGAAGCCGUCCGUGGCUUCUUCACCAGAAAAAAUGAAGCACGAAGGAAUUAUUUUAACUUAGGCUGUGUGGUUGUGUUUUUAUAAUUAAUGAUGAGGUUUUAUAUUUUUUACUCCAAUAUUGGAUUAAAUUUCUCAACUCAGUCUAAAAAUGUUUUAAUAAUUAGCUAAGAGGACUAAAAUACUAAAUAUACAUCUAACUGAAUGUUUUAGAAUAAACAUAGGAUAUAAAAAAGAUAUUACAUUUAUCAAGCUGGAGAGUAGCAUAUGAUACAUGUAAAAGUAUAUUUUCAAUUCUAUGAAUAUCCUACGAUCAGAUUUAUAAGAACUGUGAUCUUUUUGCCUUUCACAACUAGUGUAAUACUGAAUUUUUUAUAGAUUGAUAUGUAUAUAAUACUCCUUCAACAACUCAAGUAUUGUAUUGUAAUAUUAGCUAUUUUUGGCUCUAACACUGACAUAGAGGCGGUGUAUACAAUCUUUGAAUAUACAGACACAUAUAUGAAAUUAAAAUAUCUUAAAAAGAAUAAGUAAUAAUUACAGAGCGAUUGUAAACUAUAGGCUUGCUAAAAUUUGAAUUGUUGGAAAUGGAUAAAUGAAAGUUUAAUACAUAAAAGAGUUAUUAUUACCUUUUGAGUUUUGGUACUUGGAAAACUGGAUGAUGUUUUGAAAGGAGGGACUAUUCUCUCCAACUGAAAAUAUUCAAAUGCUAGCUUCCUGUUUGUUAUAAAUUGUUCAAAAAAUAUUUUUAUAAGAUAUGAUUUAUCAAAAAUGGAGGUCUCAAUAUUUAUUUAUGUUUAAGAUACAAGUAUUUAAGAAAAAUAUUAAACUGUACUAAUUAUUAUUAAAUCAGUUGACUCUAUUUGAAUGUUGGCAUAGAAGCAAACUUUAAAAGUGUAAUACAUGAUCUUCAAUGUUAAAAACAUUUGUAUGAAAGUAAGUAGUAGAUAAACACUGAAUGAACUCGAACAAUAAAUCAAUAAUCCUCCCAAACAGAGAUAUCAAAUGUUAAGAUCUUGCAGUUUCCUUGUAACAUGUUUAAUUUUCAGAAAUUAUAACUCCAUCGAAAAGUUAUAUAAAUUAUACAUGUUGAAUUUGCUUAAAAUUCUAACAAAAUGGACCUGUAUUAUUGUGGGUUUUUAAUAUUUAUCUAUGGGUGUGAUUUAGAAUUUGAAGAUUUCUACAACUAAUAAAGGUAUUGGUCUGUCAUUUCCACUAAAAUCCUUGUUUUUAUGUAUUUUUCAACUACGCAUCACAAAGGGUAUUUGCUAUUUUUUAGUAAAGGACCACCUUCAUCCCUAACAUUUCUAAACACAUUAAGUAGGUAGGUCCCACAUUAACCUAGACCAAUCUUUAAUUUUUUUACCUGCAAUCAUUAAAAAGUUACUAAAAAGUAUUUUAUAAUCAUCUUCUAAAAAGCGAAGCUAUUGGAGCAAACGAGGGAAUGUUUUAUUCAUUGCUGAGAAAAAAUAUCCAACUUUAUUUUAUUUUAUGUAAGAAAAUGUCUGAUUAUACAACAUUUUUUUAAACAAAACAAUAGAGUAUGAAGUCCAUAAAAGUUAUAGGUAACUUUUGCCUUUGCACCAAUCACACGUACCAUUUAAAAAGGGUUAAGUAACAUAUUUCAUUUUUAGAAUUGAACAUCUCAUAGCAACGAGUUUGUUUAGUUUUUGGGUUAAGACACAUCAAUAUCAUAUUGGCUUUUACAAUUUUGUGAUUUUUGUGUUCUGCUUAUGAUGCUUGAUUAUUUAGCUUGAAUCACCUAAGUUGUUGUAUGAUGUGAAGGCUCAAGUUUAAAACUUUAAAGAGUAAGGUUUUAAAAUAAUAAGAAACAAAAUAUAAACUGUUUUACUUUAGUUAUGUAUCUAUAUAGUUUGUAGUAAACAAUAUAAAAAAAUUGCACUAGAAAGUAAAGUAACUCAUAUUAUGAAGAAAACUAAAAUAGUAUUCUCUGUUUAGUCACAUCAUAUUUGUGCAUGUGGGUUGUUUACAAUUUCAACAUACAAAUAACAAUAUAACUUUUGGUCAGUAUUAUAUUACAAAUCUGUGUCUCGUACAAGCUGCAUCAAAUUCAUAAUUUUAAGUUUACAAUUGUCUAGGGAUGAAUUCUCAGACCGCUGGUUUAGUUAAGUAAUGCUUGUAUUCCGGACCUAGAAACCACACCCCUUCUUAUACGAAGUUGUAACCAAAAGUUCACAAAUUGAGCUCUUAAACUGGUUUGGCUUAGCCAAAUAGUUUUCAUUGUAAUUACCUUCAAUAUCCUCACUGAGAGUUAAUGCACUUACUUCAGCGUUGUUGCUAAACCACAAAAGUGUUCUCAGUCAGUUGUUGGAGACGGUACAAUAACUUUUCAAUUCUUCUUAGAUUUCAUGUAUUGAGGUAAAGUGUCUGAUGAUAAUUAUGAUUAUCGAAAACAGUGAGAUGACCUGGUGUAAAGUCAUGAGGGAAAGGAAGAUGAGGCAUAAGAAUCAUUUAGUUUGUUUGUCAAUAACUAGGAUUUCAUAAUAGCAGUGUGGGCUUAUGUAUUGUCAAAAAUUUCCAAACUUCUUGACUCUCUUGCUUUUUAUAGGCUUGAGUUCACUUCUUUUCUAAAUUCAGAAAACUGCUGUUUUGUCUAGGAGUCAAAGGUAUAAAUCCAGAUAUCAUCAUCAGUUUUAGAAGUAAAGGCUGGAUUUACAUAGGCUAUUCGAAGGAGCUCUUGACAAUCAUCAACUGGCUGUUUUUGUGCAGUGUCAAGAAGCCGAGAAAUCCAUUUGGCAAAACGCAUUGCAUGCUCAUAUUUCUGGCAAAAUUUCUUGGCAUUGUCCGUAAUAACUGUUUAUUUCCUCACAAAUCUCCAGAACUGAUUGACGACCACCUUCUGAAACAAUAAGGCGAAUUUUGUCCACAUUUUCUGGGAUUGUACUAUGAUCGCUUGUCAUUUUCAACUGUGUCCCUGUAUUUUUUAAAGCUGGUAUACUACUCAAGAACUAUUGUGCGGCUUCAAGAAUCCUUACCAAAAACCAGCUUAAUUAUUUCAAAUCUCACUGCCCAAAUAUCUGAGUUUAAUACAAAACUUCACACAAAUGGGUAGUUUAGUUUUAGAGUCCAUUUUUAAAACAGGAAAAUAAUUUCAAAGCACAAAACAAAGAGAAGAAAUCAAACCAAUAGUCAUGAAACAAAAUCACAUUGCAUACUGACUACCGAUAAUACAAAUAGUUCACUGCCAGAUUUAACUUGUCCCGUGCAACUGUCUGCAGCAGUGAUAUCAGUCUAGGAGCUUUCGGGUAUGAUGUGUGUAUACAGUUCCCUAACUGAUCAAGUUACCUAUGUAAUCCUCAUAGUGAAACUCUACACAAGAGUGUACACACACACAUAAGUGUGCACUUGAACUUAUAAACCUCUUUUUGGUGCUUGAUUGGUGAUAUUUUGUCUCCUCUGAUGUAAUCUAAGAGGAGCUGUGAUGUCAUUGUAAUGUUAGCAGUACCACAGUGAUAAAAUUCAGGAAUUAGUGGAAUUACCACUUCACUUCUGGAAAAAGACCUUGGGUCUUCUGUAUAUGGUACUACUUUUAUUCUUAUCAUUAAUUCAGUGUUGUUGCCAAAUAUUUAGACUGAAAACUUUUUAUGUAUAUUUAGAAAUUGUACUUUUACUUGUUAGUAUUUAUUUAUGUAUUCAUGUAUUUUUUACUUAUGAUAUUUAAUAGUUUUUUAAUCAUCCACAGUUAACACUAUUUAUUUUUAUGUAUCAUUGUUAUAAUGAAAUUAGUAUAUGAUAUGACAUGGAACUUACCAAAUAAACUGUCAUAAAUAAAACUAAACAUUGUAACAUGUGUAUGUCUAAAAAAAUAGUGAUUUAGACGUAUUCUUAUAUGUAUUAUUUAUUAAUAUUUGUAUUUAUUGUAGUACUAUAAAGAAUGAAGUUUUUUUUAUGCUUA